AUGGACCCCGAGCGCUGCGCGCCUUUCGGCGUGGGGCCCGGGCCCGACCCCUACGCGGCCGCUGGGGACGAGCCUCCGGGCGGCCAGGGGACCUCCGCCGCCGCGUCUCACCUGCACCCCGCGCCGCCCCGAGGCCCACGACUGACCCGCUUUCCGGCCUGCGGGCCUCUGGAGCCCUACCUCCCGGAGCCGGCCAAGCCGCCCGCCAAGUACCUGCAGGACCUCGGGCCCGGCCCGGCGCUCAACGGCGGCCGCUUCUACGAGGGCCCGGCGGAAGCCGAGGAGAAGGCCUCCAAGGCAGCCAACUUCCCCCAGCUGCCCUUGGACUGCCCAGGGGGCCCCAGAGACGGGCCCUCCACCCUGCGAGGCUCCCCGGGCCCUUGCCUGGCCAGCCUGCGCGUCCCCCUGUCCCCGGGACUCCCUGACUCCAUGGAGUUGGCCAAGAACAAGAGCAAGAAGCGCCGCAACCGCACGACCUUCAGCACGUUCCAGCUGGAGGAGCUGGAGAAGGUCUUUCAGAAAACCCACUACCCCGACGUGUACGCCCGGGAGCAGCUGGCUGUGCGCACCGACCUCACCGAGGCCCGGGUUCAGGUCUGGUUCCAGAACCGCAGAGCCAAGUGGCGGAAGCGGGAGCGUUAUGGGAAGAUCCAGGAGGGGCGGAACCCCUUCUCGUCUGCCUAUGACAUCUCUGUGCUGCCCCGAACGGACAGUCACCCCCAGCUGCAGAACUCCCUGUGGCCCAGCCCCGCGUCUGGGAGCCCCGCCGGGCCCUGCCUUGUGUCUCCAGAGGGCGUCCCCUCCCCGUGCAUGUCUCCGUACUCCCACUCGCACGGGAACGUGGCUGGCUUCAUGGGGGUGCCGGCCUCCCCCGGGGCGCACCCUGGCCUCUACUCCCUCCACAGCUUCUCCCCGGCCCUGGGGGACCACAGCUUUGAGGCCGCCCCGGAUGUCGACUAUAAGUCUCCAAGCCUCGUCUCGCUCAGGGUGAAGCCGAAGGAGCCGCCCAGCCUGCUGAACUGGACCACGUGAUCAGACGUGUGGACACGCAGACCAAGCUGCCACCCCUUCCCUGUGCCCGGCUGCUCCCACCCCACCCUGGCCUCGAUGCCAGAGAGACACACCUUUGC